AUGAUUUGUAGCCACCUAACAGAGCAACAGAAGCUGUGCCGAUGUGGGGCUGGUGGUGACAGUGGCCAAUCCGUAAAAUAUCAUGGCUCUUUUCCGGAAAUUUCGGUCGUUGUUAAGCGCUUGCCCUGCAGCUCGUUGUCAACCGCUGAUAGACGCCAUCGUACUGUCGUACCUCCACUGCUGCCGAUAGUAUCGAUUGGAGAGUGUGACACUAGGUCGUCCAAGGUUGUUUCGUUACCGGCACAGCGAAAGGUACCCUGGAGAGUGUUGUUGCCGUCUAAUGAUCAGCUGAAGUAUAUACCGUUUAUUCCGCUUCCCGGACAUCUAGGCGGCGGUGGUCUGAUUCUUCCGGCGCUGUCACGCGUCAACGUUUCCGUGCCCGUGAUCCUGCCAUCGAUUCCGCAGCAUCGGUACGAGAAACAUGCUCAUCGGAUGCUGAUCAUCCGCCGUCGAAAGAUCAAGAAACAUUGGCGCAAGAAGCGAAGGAAACGUGACUACGUCCAAUACUUGAAGUGGCACCAGCAGCAGAAGCAACGCAAGGAGGACGCUUUCCGGCAACGCAUGAACGUCAUGCUAUCCGAGGCAUUGGGCUUCGAUGCGGAUGCAUAUGUGAGGGCGGCAGUCGCGAAAGCCAAGUGGCGACCGGCCGACAACCACUUUCCGGACGGCAGGCGCAAGUUUCCUCAUUGGACCGAAUUGAUGACCGUCGAGGAACUGUUCCAGUUGCCCGAAACCGACUACAUCGACAAGCAAUCGUGCCUGGCCGAAGGCGAGGACUGGGAGGCGAUCAAAAAGCUACGUCAAGAGUACUACGCCAAAGGCUACGGCGUUAAGACGCCGAACGACGAUGGCAGCAACUUCGGUUCCACCUCCAAACCCGCCUAA